UUAGAUGGAAAUAUUCGGGAUAGAAUUCGCCCCAUUAAACAUACCAUUAAAGCGUCGUCUUCAAACGGUAGCUGCAGCUUCAUGGUUCGUAAUAAUGAUAGGUGGAGGUUUAGCAGGACUCCUUUUAUCAAUCUACCUCAUCAUUUUCUCCUCCUUGCGGUGGCUCGUAAUUUUAUAUUUAAUCUGGAUUUGGGGUCCAGACAGCAAAAUUAGCGAACGCGGCGGAAGACGUUCGGAAUGGAUAAGAGAUUGGACUUGGUGGAAAUACUUAAAACAUUAUUUCCCUUUAAGUUUAGAAAGAGUACCAUGGGUUAGCUUGGAUCCCCAUAAAAAUUACCUAUUUUGUUGUUUCCCCCAUGGAAUGUUAUCGACGGGUCCGUUUUCGGCUUUUGGAACGAAAACCGGAGGUUUUCACGAUUUAUUCCCUUAUCACACCCCGUAUGUGAUGACUUUAAAACAACAUUACGUUAUGCCGUUCUUUAGGGAGUUGGCGUUGGGGUUGGGGGGAUUGGACGCUUCGAAAGAUUCGAUUAAUUACGUUUUAAGUAAACCGGAAGGUGGAAACGUUUGCGCUUUAAUGGUUGGGGGAGCUGCAGAAGCUUUUAAUUGCCGGCCGGGGGAGUACAGAUUAAUUUUAAAAAAUCGAAAAGGAUUCGUUCGAUUAGCGCUAAAAAACGGGGCUCCUUUAGUACCCGUUAUUUCUUUUGGAGAAACCGAUUUAUACAAUCAAGUUAAUAACCCGGAAGGAUCGAAAAUUAGGAAUAUACAAGAAGCGUUAAAGAAAUACAUCGGAUGGGCGCCGGCCAUUCCAAUUGGAAGAGGAUUUUUCCAAUAUAAUUAUGGAAUCAUUCCAAAGAGAAAACCAGUUACAACUUUAGUUGGAAGACCGAUUGAUGUUAAAAAAGUGGAAGAUCCAACUCGAGAGCAAAUAGAUGAUCUCCACGCUGUUUUUAUAAAGGAACUCGUCACGCUCUUUGAACAGGAAAAACAUCGUUAUAUAAAAAAUCACGAAAACAUUCACUUAGAAAUUGAGUAAAUAUAAUUAAAAAUACAUAUAUAUAAUUAACCAGCAAUUAAAUGUGAUAAAUAUUUUAAAAGGCGGCAAACGUGUUUCAUUAUUAAACUUUUUUAAGUGUUAUCUUUUGAUUAAUUACCUCCAAUGUGAGCUUUAUUUAGUUUAAGAAAGAGUUUAUAAGAAAUAAAUGUGUUCUGAUUUUUUACCUUUA